UCAACGCGGGGCUCAUAAAUUUAUAGGACCGGAGAAUUCACUAUCUGGUGGGUAAAUGCUGCUGAAACCUGCAUUUCUCACACGAGGAAAAGGACACCUUUCGCUGCUGUAGGCGGUGGGACAAACGGAGCUGAGGGACGUUUCGUUUUUUCCUCAGCGGAAUUGAAUAUUCCUUUCUUCCUCUCCGGCAAACGAAACGUCGUUGUUUAGUCGCUAAUUAGCCCUCUGCUCUGCUAACGGCUGUGGGCUGAAUACUGCCAAAAUAAGGUGUCUUUUGAGAAUAGCUUGCAGUUUGUGUUUGCACAAAUAACAGAGUUGGUGUGGUGGACAGCGGUGGCUAAGAUGACGGAGUACAAGCUGGUGGUGGUGGGAGCAGGAGGUGUGGGCAAGAGUGCUCUCACCAUCCAGCUCAUCCAGAACCACUUUGUGGAUGAAUAUGACCCCACUAUAGAGGACUCGUACCGAAAGCAAGUGGUGAUUGAUGGGGAGACCUGCCUGCUGGAUAUUCUGGACACUGCAGGUCAAGAGGAAUACAGCGCCAUGAGGGACCAGUACAUGAGAACGGGGGAGGGCUUCCUUUGCGUUUUUGCCAUCAACAACACCAAGUCUUUUGAGGACAUUCACCAGUACAGAGAGCAAAUUAAGCGUGUGAAGGACUCUGACGAUGUUCCCAUGGUGCUCGUGGGAAACAAAUGUGACCUCCCGGCACGUACAGUGGACACACGGCAAGCCCAGGAGCUAGCUCGCUCUUACGGCAUCCCUUACAUCGAGACCUCUGCCAAAACGCGACAGGGAGUGGAGGAUGCGUUUUACACGCUGGUGAGGGAGAUCAGACAGCACAAGUUGAGGAAGCUGAACCCACCUGACGAGAGCGGUCAGGACUGUAUGAGCUGUCGAUGUGUGGUAUCGUGAAGCAGCUCUCCAUCACGCAUUGAGGAGAAACGCUACAGUGUGAAGUGGCAGCAUGGACUUGAUGACAGACAUAACAACUUAAAGAUGAAACGUGAACAUUUGUCAAAUGGAGGAUGAUUGAAGCAAAAGCUCUCAAGGAAACACCCGGGCUUACUGAACCAUAGACUCAUGGAAAGGAGGAUUAUGGACUGGUGCCUAAACGACUCGCUGAACUGGCCUGAUCAAGUCUCUUCUUUUAAACGGGGACGUAUCGAUCUGCGAGCAACAUCACUAAUGACUCAUUCAAGCUGGGUUGUUCCGUAUAUUUCCUGCUAACUUAUUUUCAGCCUCAACACUGGUUGUAAAGAGGAAGCGUCUCUUACACCUUCCUGCCUUGAAGCCUAAUUCCUUUCCCCUUGCUAGCCUCUGGAAGUACUGACUGGAUAAAAUGGAAAGAACUGGAUUGUUUUCCAUCUCCCCACAUAAAUAAUCCGCCUCUACCUGCACCGGGUGUCCCCAAAUGGUUUUCCAGGCCUGUAAUUUAUUGGAUUUAUAGUUAGUUAUUUACCAAUUAACCUAAACUGUAAAAAAAAUAUGAUUUGGUUUCUAGGGUGGAUUUUUUCAUGUUUGUUUGAUCACUACAAGUACGCGUUGUCUGCAGACAACUCCUGGUUUGGCAUCUUUAUCCUUUCUUGAUGUGUUUUUUAUUGUGGCAUAGAUGCAUUAAUUGAAGAUAACCGAAGUAUUUGUGGAUUUCUAGGCUGCAGCUACCUUCCCUUUUUACACAUUGUCAUUUUUUUUUGUGUAACCAAUAGUGUAACGUACGUUCUGGUGCAAUAGGACUUUCCAAACCACACCAAGUGUUGGAAAUUAACAUUUUCUGACAACGUCUUAUUUUUAUUAUAAAUUCUUACUCAUUUAGGAUUUUGGAUGGAAAGGUGCAUUGCGUAAAAACGUGGGCGUCAUCAAGAAGCAGCAUAGACUGUUUCUAGAGAAAAAAAGACUGCAUUUCUUUUCUGUAAGUGUAGUGUUUACAACUUGUUUUAGACAGCAAGAAUUGCCUUUUCUUUUGAUAACAAGGCUCAGGAAUUAUGGUCUAAUCUGAAAGUCCUGGCAGCCAGGAUGAAGGUGAGUUAGUUUUCCAGAGCGUCACGCACAAGUCCUGCCUCAGAGUGGAACACACACGCCGUACUAUCCUCAAAUUGAUCUUCGCCACCUAUAGCUCUUUACAGGAGCAAUAACAAGCCAGGUGCUAACCUUAUCCAACCAUAUUUACUGGGUAUAUGUGCAGCAGGUUGUAGAUAAUUGGAACACAUUGCUUGAUUUUAAUACCCCUAAGCUUGUGCUGUCCAUAACUAAUGGAUGAAUUCGCUGCCGAUAAGACUGAUGUUUAUUUUGUUUUUUCUUUUAGCGAGUUUGUACCUAAUUUUAGCGACAAGCUCGGCUUGAGAUGAUUGUUUAUGUGGGCAAUCCAAAUGAUACAACUGUUUUGCGCUGUACAGAAUUUGGAAAUAACUCAAUAAAAACACUACAUUUUUUGCUUGCUUUAUCGGAUCUGUCUGACUAGGGUGUAGUUUGAGUUUGCUAAUUAAAAUCUUGUAUAGUAUUGUAAAAUAAAAAGCCCCAGCAUCACAGAAAUUGUCAACAUCCAGUCAUAUAACACAGGUGGUGAAAUUUAGUCCACAUGAUUCCAUUUAGCGCAGGCGGAGAGAUCUUGGGCACUUUCUGCAAAUUCUGGAAUCUUUUUUUUUUUAUUUUCAGAUCUUGGAUUUCCUGCAGGUUUUUGUGAAAUUUGCUAGACUCUGGAGUCCUUUCAUUGGAUUGUUUUUUGUGUUUUUUUUUUCUUGUACAGUUAAAACGAGUCCUUAAUUUGACCACUCCUUGUGGUUAAUAGUCUUAAUGGUUAACUGUUAAUUUCAAAGCUUGGAGGAAGUUUAAAAACUGUGAAUGUGUUUUAGUCUUUAGAAAAGAAGCCUUGUGGUAAAAUCUUUUAUCAGCAGUGGUUUUGGCCGUUACCUUUAAUUUCUUUUUAACCCUUUGGGCUCAAAACGUUUUAAUGACAAAAAGGUAAACAGGAGUUUGUAACAUUUAACGACAUCUGUGGUGGUGUCCUCAUCUCAUUACACCCGCUUUAGUAUGAUCAGAGAAUUCCACAAAUCUAUGCAUCCAGAUUCCCGUUGCUUUCCAACAGCAGCAGCACGUUGUUGAGAUUACUUGGCCAGUGAAAUGCCAGAAACCCUAGUGAUCAUGGCGAAGACUGAAUGGACCUCUGGAGGGUUUGCACAAAGAUGUAAUGGACUCGGUAGUUUUUUUGUUUUCUCUCCUUGCAGACUGUGGAAUAGAGGUGUAGAAGGAUUUUGUGAAAAAUGUCAGCCGUGUUGCUAUUUAAGAUGUAUUUACCCCUUGAAAUGUGGCAAAAUGUAAUGCAGGACAAAAUAAAGACGUCAAGCUGAA